AUGAAAAAGACAAGGAGAUCUGAAAUUAGCAGAGUUAAUUCUACAGAGUUAAGAAGAAUCAAGAGAACAAGAAACGUCUCUAAAAAUAAAGCACUAGAAGGAUUCAAAACAUCAGCUGGCUUUUACAAAUUAUCUAAAUCCCCGAUUGAUAAUAGCAGAACUUUGGUGCAAUAUGGAGAUUUCCAUGGACAAAAUGUAUACGGGGAUGCCACGAAUAAUAUCAUAAAGCUAGGAAAGAACUCUACUUACAUCGAGCAUUCCUUAGACGCUAUUGAUAAGUCAGAGAUAGACUUAAUCAGUCAAGGAAAGUUUGACACAAGUCCGAAUGAUGUUAUAAAAUCAUUGAUUUCCAAAUAUAGAGCUAGGUCUUCUGAAUCAAGAAUGAAGUCAAGGAAUCUAGGGGCUUCCAAUACGGAUGAGGAAUGUUUUCAGAUAAAGGUCAAUAAUGCUUUGGCUCCAACCUUGCACAGAACUCCACAUACAAAUAAGCUAAGUUAUCAAGAGAAUACCUACAAUAAUAUUUCACAAGAGCCAGAAGUAUUCAGAGGUUAUGAUCAGGAGAACAGCUACAUUUCAAGAAAGAUGAGCUUGAAUUCUGAAGUGAGCAAGAUCAUCCAUAAAGCAAGGUCAAAUUCACAGACAAGAACCUAUAAUCCUUACAGAAUGCAUUGCUCAAAUCUUAAAGAUGCUUCUCUCAAAUCUAGGCUAGAGUCUCCUAGCAAGGGUGAUCCUUACUUGUAUGCACAAGAAAGGAUGAUAAUGACUAUUGAUAAACACAUUCCUCGAGAUGAGUACUCAGAUUUAAUGAGAAAGGAAAGGUUCAGCCAUCAAUUGCUUAAGAAGCAUUCAAAAGCUUCAAUAGUUUUAAAUAUGGCUAAAGAUUCACCAAAGAAACUUAAACCUUCACGAGAUUUUUACACUAGCACAAACCGCUCUCCUUCAGCUACCCUAAAAGAAAACCUAAAAUUCAUAAGAAGAAGGGCUCAAAACUGCAAAACUUCUCAAAAUUCCAAAAAUCCCCCUCAUGCGCACAAGAAGGCUCUUAAUUUGGCGCAAGUUUGAUUUGAGGAGAAGUGUAAUCUUAGGAAAUUGAAGUUACGUAAGAAUUUGAGAGAGAAGACUGAGAAGAAGAAAGUGGUGUUAAGGGAUUUGGAGAGAGGUUUUAGUGAAGAGGAGGAUGAAUUUGAGGAGUUUAAGGGGAUAGAGGAUGGAGAAUUUCUGCAACAAACAGACACAGACCAAAGUUUGCUAAAUAACCACAUGAAGGAAGAACCUGAAGAGACCGACCCAGAGAGUCCCACCAAUAGAAUUCAUCUACAGAAGGAGACACAAGGAGCUAAAGAAUUUGACAUUUUUGAGGAAGCGAAUAAGAUUAAGGUGGCUGAGGAGAAAGAGAAUGAGAAAGAGAGGAAAAGUGGAAUCAAGAGAUCGUUAUGAAGAAAUAUUAAUAGAGAAUACUUGCAGUCUUUUAAUUCAAAGAAAUUUCCGAUACAAGGAAUAACCGAUAUCAAUGGGGUAGAUGGAGCACCCUACCUUUCCUAUAAUCCUAGAGGCAAGCCUAGAACAAAGCUUGACAAAGGAGUGUAUAAGCACCUUCUCAAAAAUUUGGAUGACAAAAAAAUCCCUACCUUCAUCGUCAACAGGAAAAGAGAAUUCUUAUUUGAAAACAAAAGCCCCUUCUAA